CUCUUUGACAGCACCGACUGGUACGCAAGUAAUCAUAGCAGCAUUUGUGGAAUAUCAAUCAGUAUUAUUAAGAGGUUCUACCAAAGUUCGUGUUAUAGAGAUCCAUUUGAUGAUUGAGCUUAUUAACGUGAUCACAUAGUUUGAAAAGAUUGAAAAGUAUAAGAUAACCUUGAGAAAAAUUUAGACGAAUUUAUAACUAAAAAUGGUUUUAGAAGAAUAUAAAGAUAUUGUUGGAACAUGUGCUGCAAUUACAACGAUAGGACACAUGUUGUCAGGAACAUUUGUAUGCAAAGACAUUUACAAAAAGGGAACCUCAAAGGGUUUUGAUCCUAUGCCCUUUUUGGGUGGUAUAGGAAUGACAAUAUUAAUGCUGCGUUAUGCUUUGAUGCUUGGUGAUCUUGUCAUGGUUAAAGUUAAUGUUUUCGGAUUUGUAACAAAUGUAAUAUAUAUGGCUGUGUAUUACUAUUAUUCUCCACAUACGAGAGAUACGCUUAUGUUAAUAAGUAAAGCAGUAGGUUUGAUAGCAGUGUUCUUAACUUAUGCUCAAAUGGAACAUCCUGACAAAGUAGAAUACAGAUUUGGUAUAAUCGUAACUAUUUUACUUUAUCUUUUAAUAGCAUCACCACUUAUACAUCUUAAAAAUAUUAUAAAGACCAAAGAUACGUCGAUUCUUCCAUUCCCGCUUAUUGUUAUGGGUACUGCAGUAUCGUUCCAAUGGUUGUUGUACGGCAUUAUUAUAAAUAAUAUUUUUGUGAUAUUUCAGAACUCUGUCGGUUUUCUUCUAUCGGUUAUUCAAUUGUCAUUGUUUGUUAUUUUUCCAUCUAAAUCUUCGAAAACUUCAAUGCCAGAGAAGAAAAAGGAUUAAAAGUAUUAUCAGAAUAGUUUUUUAAUUGACAUAACAAAUUAUAUUAUAUUACUUAAUAAAUACGUAUAAUAGGUAUAUUAAAGUUAACAAUAUUGAACGUGUAUUUGAAACACGUGAUAAUCCGUGAAAUGGAAAAUUCACGAAUACAUUAUACAAAUCAAGAUCAGGAUUCAUUAAUUACACGUUACUUAACACGUGCAAUAAGAAAAAAAAAAAAA